AUGGUUUUAGGAAGAAGGAAGAAGGAAAUGAGGGGGGGGAGAAGAGGGAAGAGAAGGAGGAGAAGGGAUAGUGGAAGUGGAAGUGGAAGUGGAAGUGGAAGUGGAAGUGGAAGUGGAAGUGGAAGUGGAAGUGGAAGUGGAAGUGGAAGUGGAAGUGGAAGUGGAUUGAAAAGGGAUAGAGGAUGA